AUGUCCCCCUCAGCCCGCAAGCUGAAGAAACUGGGUAACCUGAAGACACAGGAGGAGCUGGAGGCAGUGAGUGCAUCCAGCCCCACGGAGGAGCAAGCUCCCAAGCUGGUGAUGACGCGCAUCGAUGGCUACGAGUGCCAGCCUAUCUUCCUCAACGUCCUGGAGGCCAUCGAGCCUGGGGUGGUGUGUGCUGGCCACGACAAUAGCCAGCCAGACUCCUUCUCCAACCUGCUGAGCAGCCUGAACGAGCUCGGGGAGCGGCAGCUGGUCUAUGUAGUCAAGUGGGCAAAGGCCCUGCCAGGGUUUCGCAACCUGCAUGUGGAUGACCAGAUGUCAAUAAUCCAGUACUCGUGGAUGGGCCUCAUGGUGUUUGCCAUGGGCUGGAGAUCCUUCACCAACGUCAACUCCAGGAUGCUUUACUUCGCUCCAGACCUGGUCUUCAAUGAGUACCGCAUGCACAAGUCCAGGAUGUACAACCAGUGCGUCAGGAUGCGGCACCUCUCCCAGGAGUUCGGCUGGCUCCAGAUCACACCCCAGGAGUUCCUCUGUAUGAAGGCUCUCCUCUUCUUCAGUAUUAUUCCAGUGGAUGGCCUGAAGAACCAGAAGCUCUUUGAUGAGCUGCGCAUGAACUACAUUAAGGAACUUGACCGUAUCAUUGCCUGCAAGAGGAAGAACCCAACCUCCUGCUCCCGGCGCUUUUACCAACUCACCAAGGUCCUGGACUCUGUGCACCCGAUUGCCAAGGACCUGCACCAGUUUACAUUUGACCUCCUGAUCAAGGCACACAUGGUGAGCGUGGACUACCCAGAAAUGAUGGCUGAGAUCAUCUCCGUGCAGGUUCCCAAGAUCCUGUCUGGAAAGGUCAAGCCUAUCUACUUCCACGCACAGUGAUCUUCCGGAGGGACCCCC